UCCACAUUCCCAAAAUUCACGCGCAAAUACUGAAACAAAUCACAACUAUUUUUUACCAUCUCUAGCUAGAGAGAGAGAGAGAGAAGAAGAAACAACAAUUAUCUGAGGAGAAGAAUUUUUUUGUUUUUGUUGGCUUCAGAAAUGGCGACUGGAAGAGUAGAUCUGGACGGAAAUCCGAUAAAGCCGAUGACGAUAUGCAUGAUCGGCGCCGGAGGUUUCAUCGGCUCGCAUCUCUGCGAGAAGCUGUUGACGGAGACGCCGCACAAGGUUCUCGCCGUUGAUGUUUACAAUGACAAAAUCAAGCACCUCCUCGAGCCUUCCACGGCGGAGUGGGCCGAUCGCAUCCAGUUCCACCGCCUUAACAUCAAAAACGAUUCUCGCCUCGAAGGCCUCAUCCGCAUGGCAGAUCUCACCAUAAAUCUUGCGGCUAUAUGUACCCCAGCAGAUUAUAACACACGCCCUCUUGACACAAUUUACAGCAACUUCAUUGAUGCUCUCCCUGUGGUUAAAUACUGCUCGGAAAAUAACAAGCGCCUUAUACAUUUCUCCACUUGUGAAGUAUACGGGAAAACUAUUGGUUGCUUUUUACCCAAAGAUAGUCCGUUACGGCAGGACCCCGAGUACUAUGUUCUUAAGGAGGAUACAUCCCCUUGCAUUUUCGGCCCAAUUGAUAAGCAGAGGUGGUCAUAUGCCUGUGCCAAGCAGUUAAUUGAGAGAUUGGUUUACGCUGAGGGUGCUGAGAAUGGUCUUGAGUUCACAAUUGUGAGGCCCUUCAACUGGAUUGGUCCCAGAAUGGAUUUCAUCCCCGGAAUUGAUGGUCCAAGCGAAGGUGUUCCAAGAGUUCUUGCUUGCUUUAGCAAUAAUCUCUUAAGGGGUGAACCACUGAAGCUUGUUGAUGGUGGCGAAUCACAGAGAACUUUCGUUUAUAUCAAGGAUGCCAUUGAAGCUGUUCUUCUGAUGAUUGAAAAUCCUGCCAGGGCUAAUGGUCAUAUAUUUAACGUGGGCAACCCCGAUAAUGAAGUUACAGUCAGGCAGCUCGCCGAAAUGAUGACUAAGGUGUACUCAAAGGUUAGCGGAGAACCUUCACUAGAUUCACCUACCAUUGAUGUGAGCUCGAAAGAAUUUUACGGAGAAGGGUACGAUGAUAGUGACAAGAGAAUUCCAGACAUGACCAUAAUCAACAGACAACUUGGAUGGAACCCUAAGACGUCGCUUUGGGACUUGCUGGAGUCGACUCUUACUUACCAACACAGGACGUAUGCUGAAGCAGUGAAGAAGGCUACUUCACAAGCUGCAGCGAAUUAAGGAAAAAAAAAGAACGAUGUUUGGUUUUGAUUCAUUUUCAAGGAUUUUUUAUUUCCAUAUAUGAUACGGUUCCUUACUCCGAUACGCCGCGCACACGUGAUUCUUUUGUCUCUUUGAGUGUCUCUAUCUUAGUCUCGUACACAGCUCACUACUGUAAUGAUUCUCCUCCUCGUGUAUGUCUGUCUAAUAUCUUUGGAAAGUCGUUAUUAGGCAGUCUAUUACUACUAGUACUACAUUAUAUUUUUGUUGUGAUGUGCUGCUGCUUAAAACAAUAUUCUGGAUAUCGUACGAGGAUAAAGAAAGUAGUAUUUGCUCGUUCGAGGUUUCUGUUU